GUGUUGCUGUAGGAGGACUAGUCCAUAUGGGCGGGACUUACAGAGUCACAUGACACGGGGCAAGCUGGCGAUGUGAGAAGCGGCGUCCGUUCCGGCUGCAGGUGAUAAUGGAUUUUACAGAGGCCUACACUGAUAGAUGCUCCUCAGUCGGGCAUGCCGCUCGGAUAGGAGAUGCGAAAUCCCUGCGGAAGCUAAUUAAGAAGGGGAGCAGUGUGGAUGUGCCUGAUAACAGAGGAUGGAUGCCAAUUCAUGAAGCUGCCUUCUCCAAGUCAACUCAUUGUUUGCAGUUGUUAAUUCAUUCAGCUCCUUCCAGCUCAUAUAUAAGAGCAAAGACAUUCGAAGGGGAAACUGCUCUGCAUCUGGCUGCUAAGAGUGGCAGUGUUAGAUGUGUGCAGCUACUUUUGCAGGCCGGUGCUGAUCCAAAUGAAGUCACUAAUGAAGAGACAACACCUCUGUUUUUAGCUGUGGAGGGGGGGCAUAAAGAAGUUGUUGAGCUGUUGCUGAAGAAUAAAGCAAAUAUUAAUGGGCCCCACUCGUGUUCUGGAUGGAAUCCAUUACACCAAGCUUCUUUGAUGGGACGCACAGAUAUAAUCCUGUUACUUCUUGAAAAUGGAGUUGACAAGGAAUGUGAAGAUGACUUUGGGAUCACACCAACAUUUAUUGCAUCCCAAUAUGGAAAAUAUGAGAGCUUAAACCUGCUCCUGUUGCAUGGUGCAAACUCCGACUGCCAGGCCAAGGACAAAGCCACGCCGUUAUUCAUCGCCGCACAGGAAGGCCAUGACAAGUGUGUGGAGCUGCUACUGUCCAAGGGAGCCGAUCCAAACCUUUACUGCAACGAUGACAACUGGCAGUUGCCAAUUCAUGCGGCUGCUCAGAUGGGCCAAAGCAAGACUUUGGAUUUGCUACUGCCGGUCACAGAUUCAGCUGGUGGAGUAGAGAAUGGGAAAGUGAGCCCCGUGUAUUCUGCAGUUUAUGGGGGCCACAAAGACUGUCUGGAAAAGUUGCUGAUGAGCGGAUAUAGCCCCGAAGCUCAAAAGUGCCCAUUGUUUGGAUGUGAAACACCAAUGUGUAUGGUUUUCCAGAGAAGGCACUUUGAAAUGGUACCCGUUCUUCUCAAAUACGGCUUCAGACUGUCUAGCGCACAUUUAAUGUGCUGUCUGGAAAACAAAACCUUUGAUCUGUUCCGCUAUUUCUUGAAUCAGCGCUGCCCGUUGCCAUCUGGGAAAGAGGUAGCUGCACUUAGUCAGUACGUUUGUAACGCACAGCGGGAAUGGGAGGAAUGGCUGCCUGAUCUGUUACUGGCCGGAUUUGAUCCCCUGCUUUUGUUGGAAGCUACAUGGAUGAGUUCUGCUAAUGAUGAUAUCCUGAAUUUUACCCUGGAGUUCAGUGAUUGGAAGAGGCUGCCUAGACAUGUGGAGCAGUACCUGUCUACACAGGGAAAGGCUUCAGUUUGGGCUCCACACAAACAGUUUGAAUCCAUUCCAACACUGACGCACCUCUGUCGGCUGAAAAUACGCUCCUUGUUGAAGACAGAACGUUUGCGAUCCAGUGAAUUUCUGUGCCAUUUGCCACUCCCUGUGUGUCUCCAGGACUUUCUCCAUUAUUCUGAAGUGCUACGAAAAUACGGCAUUACCCGGAAACCUAAUUCCACCGACAGUAUACUGAGAAGCGACUGACUAGAAUCUGUGUGCCGUGCAACAAACAAAUACUGUGUCUUGGACUGCUGAGAUUAUUCUAGAACAUUACUCCUUUACAUGUAUUUUUAUAUAAACUUAUCUGUGGUUCAUUUCGUAUUUUCUUUGCUUUAAAGGGGUUGUUCACCUUUAAAAUCACUUUUACUGUGACAUAGGCGAUGAUAUUCUGAGACAACUUGCAGUUUUUUACUUUUUGUGGUUUUUCAAUUAUUUAGCUCCAGUUUGGAAUUUCAGAAGCUAUCUGGUUGCUAGGGUCUUGUUUACCUUAGCAUCACAGAGCAAUAGUUUAUUAGCUGCCGGGGUCAGUGACCCCCCAUUUGGAAGCUGAGAAGAUGUAGCAGAAGAAGGCAAAUAAUUAAAAAACUAAAAAAAUAAAUAAUAAAGGCCAGUAGCAAAGUUGCCAUUAAAGGUGAACCACCCCUUUAAAGUUUUUAAGACACAAGUAUGCCAAUGGAAUGGAAAUAUAAGCAAAAAGGUCCAUUUUGAUGUAUAUAAUGUAUUUAUUUUUUUGACUUUCAAUUUAUUUCUAUGUGCCUAUAUUUAAUGGGCUAUUAUGCCAACGGACAAUAUACUCCCAUGCAUGAGAUUCUUUGUUUCAAAGUCCAUGUUUGGGAGAGCCCAUCAAGUAUUCUACCAGCCGUUAUUAUAGGUUGGCCACCAGAGGGUGCUGCUCAGUAUCCUGUAGGUCAGUGUUGGACUGAAGACACAAGGGCCCAAUGGCAGACCAGACCUCCAGGGCACAACUGCCACCAACCCCACACUCCAGCCACUGUUAUCAAUGCCCCUGGCCCACAACUCAAUCCCCCACCAACGGCAUACAUACCUACUCAAACCCCCACCCACUGCAUACAUACCUACCCUAUGAACCCAGACCAAUGCUAUUUUCAGUGGAGUUUUUAUUCAACAUAUUCAUUGUUAUGACAUAUAUUGUCUUCUCCUGUCCCAAAUGGCAAUGAAAAUUCUUCUAUUUUUUACAUGAA